AAUGUCUCUUCAUCAGCCGAGGACCGGAGCACACGACGAAGCCCUUUUUUUUUGCUCCUGAAGACAUUGAUGUUUCUCCUCUUUUCCCACGAGCAACCUCCGCUGUUCGACUGACUGGUCCCGACCGAGAGGCUGAGAGAGCAGGAGACCGAGGAACAGGUGUCAGAGUUACAGACGACAGGGGGAAAAAUGGGGAGAAAGAAAAUACAAAUUUCUCGGAUUCUGGACCAGAGGAAUAGACAGGUGACCUUCACCAAGCGUAAGUUUGGUCUGAUGAAGAAGGCGUACGAGCUGAGCGUGCUCUGUGACUGUGAGAUCGCCCUCAUCAUCUUCAACAGCACCAACCGUCUGUUCCAGUACGCCAGCACCGACAUGGACAAGGUGCUGCUCAAGUACACGGAGUACAGCGAGCCGCACGAGAGCCGCACCAACACGGACAUACUGGAGACCCUGCGGAGGAAGGGCCUCGGCCUCGAUGCCUCAGAGCUCGACAACGAGGAGAGCAUGCAGGUGGCAGCGGAAAAAUACCCUCUCAGCGAGGGCAUGGAUCUCUCUGUGGCACGCCAGCGCUUCUAUGCUCCAUCGCUGCUCUCACCGGAGGCCCAGUUCCUGGUGUCUGCAGGCUGUGAAAACGGCUUCCCCAACUCCUCCGGAUCCAGCGUGGCAUCCCACAGACCCCCAGGCUUUAAAUCUAUUGGCUCCAGACCCGGCUCUGCCAGCCCUGCUGCGCAACACGCACACUCCGCAUUCAUGUCUCCACACUCAGGUAUCGGCUAUUCCGUGUUGUCCCACGGCAACCUGAACCGAGCUCUGGACAUGAAAAGCCCCCCUGCCCUGAACCUGGGCGGGGAGAACCUGCGGGGGGAUUCUGCUAACCAGACCAUGGGCGCCACACGUGUUAACCACAACUCGGCUAGGGGUCUCUUGUACCAGGGUCUGCACAGUGGCGGCUCCAUGGUGACUAUGGGCAAGGCAGGACUGCUGGGCCAUAGUCUGGGAGGCUACAGCCUCCCCUCCCCUGGAACUCCUGAGUACAGCCAACCCGGGUUUUAUCACUCUGUUAGUCUACAGCGAGGGGCAAUGAGCCCCUGGCAAACAGCACAGUCGCCUCCGGAGCAUCAUGGGCUUCAUAUAAGUCCUGGAGUGUCCAGUGGAGGGUGCUCCUUCCCCUCUCAGUGUUGCUCCUCAGCCUCUCCACAUUUGCCAUCCCUCAACCUCAGCAUCAAAUCGGAGCGCAGCUCUCCUGAGCACAUGUCCUCGCCCACCUCCCCUCCUCUACACCACCUCAGACAGCAUUCUCCAAUCAGCGACCUCGGUUCGGCUUGCCAUACCCCUCCAGAAACCCGGCCGGCCAAUGAGACGAAGGAGUUUCCCAAAGGCGGUUACCCACAAGACGAGAAGGAAGGAGGGCAGCCGCUCAGGCAGCUAGAGAUGAGUGACGGCUGGCAGAGAUAGUUGGCAGCUGCUGUCCACGCACCCGUUCAUUCAAUCAGCUAUCUUCCAUCAAAACCAGACACACGCACACACACACACACACACACACACACACACACACACACACACACACACACACUCACGGAGCUGGACUCUCUCCUGGGCAAAAUUUUCUCUGCAACAUUUGAUAGAUCCCACGAGGAGACAGAUGUAUACGGACAUUUGCUUUUUGUUUGGUUAGUUUUAGUUUUUCCGUGUGCAGAUAAUGUGAAUCAAAAAAUAUUACAAUUUGAAAUGUGUUCGUUUUGCUCUGUGACUUUGUCUAAGUUAGCCGCAGCAGCACAGUGGGACCAACUGAAUUUGUCCCCCAAGUGUAAAACGUCUCCGCGUGCAUAUUGGCUUUUCAAAGCGGCCUUCAUUUUUGAAAAUUGGAAAGUAGCAGUAAACUGACUCCCCAGUCCCACCACACUUCUCUGGAGCCUUGGCCUCGUUCGAAAUAGUGAAAUGUGCCUGGACACAAAGACGUCUUAAAGGAGACGUGCAUAUUUUUUCAAGUUUGCUUUAAAAACAAUACUGUAGUGUACUGUCACUGCCAUUGGUCCUCAACUGAGGAACAAAUAAUGCCUUUUAAAAUAAAAGCUAAUGUGAAGCUCUCGUGGUCAAAUACUGUUAAAAAUUAAGCAUUUGUACACAAAAUAAGGAAUUACACCGAGAGAUGUUCUCUUCAGGGUUUUGAUGAACAAUUAGAGUGAUCUAAUCCUGCGUCAUGGACAUGCGGGUAUAGACUUGAAAAAAGUGAACUGAGCUGCAGUGGAUCUCAGGCCUUUGGACGAUAGAGUCUAAAACAAAAUGUCUUUGCAUGUUUGUGUGAAAGACUAUAGUUGCGGAUGAGCUAAAUUUGAGUUAAGUGAUUCUUACAAACAAUGAUUAACUCUGAAUUGUCCAUAACAAAACUUAAGACAAUCUGCUUUAAGUCCCUAUUCAUUGCAAUCAAAUACUGCACCACCCAGAGAUGUAUGUAUUUAUCUAUAGCAGGUCUAUUUACUAAUAUUUCAAUGGUAUCAAUUCCUUUUUUUCCUCAAGGGCUUAAUCUAGUAAGUGUGUAUUGAUAUUUAGAAAUAUAUGAGACAUGGUGUAAUGGAUGAGUCUAAUUAUUAAUCAUAGAAUAUUUCUUUGAAAAAAACAUGAAUUAAGUUUUUUAUUAUUAUUGAGGAAUAUUAUAGUAUAUAUUUCGUUAUAUAUGUAAAUUUACUUUGCACUGCGUUAUUGUGCACUGGACGUCUGCGAGUUCUAGUUUAGUGUACUCAACCCUUUUGACCACCAAUGACAAAUAUACUCAAGAGUUUGGGUUGAAACUCUGGCCACGAGGUCUCAUCUUCUUCAAUACUUGCAUCUGAAUGAGAAGUUUCAGAGCCUUAACCAUUAGUGAUUAAUUAAUUAAUUAAUGAAUCUCUAUGAUCAGUGCUUCACCCCAAAGAUAUUUAACAAAUGAAAAACUGCAGAGAUUCAGUGAACCAGCUGGUGGACGACUUCAAGUUCAAGUGCUGCUGUGGAAUUGCCCCCCCCCUUUAUUUCCUUUUCAAAUGCAGUUAUGUGGAUUCAGCUAUCAGUUAUCAGUAUUCUGAUGUUUUGGAUUUAGUUUUCAUGUUUGCUGAAUGCUUCACUAGCACAACAGAGACAGGUUUUUAUUUGACAUUUGUGGUGAUUCUCUUUUAAAUAAAAAAGACGGUUUGAUUUGUA